UGGGACUGAACGGCGGCGCGUGGGCUGCGGUCAGCCUCAGCAGGCCUGGGCAGGCCUCCUGAGAGUCUAGGGCGUAAGAGUUUUGGGGGGUUCGCAAAGCGGGCUGCGGACCCCCUGCCUGAGGCUUUGGUUUGAGCCCUGGAUCCGGCCUUGUGUUUUCCCGGAAGGAUGGCGUCUAAGUCUUUCCUGAAGUUGGUGGGGUUUGGACGUUAUUAUUAUUAUCAUUAGUAGUAUUGUUAUUGUUGUUAUUAUUAUCGUUUUGAGGAUACACCGUAUAUAAGUAUUGGUGGUCCUGCGCAGGGCGCCAUGCAGAAUGCCAUGAGUUAGAAGCUGGAGGACGGAGGGCUUAGAGAUGCUUGAGGGACGUCCUUAACCUACGUGAAAUGUUGGAGGUUGAGGUGAAAAAUAUGGCUUCGAUAUCUUCAUGGAAAACUGCAUUAUUUCAAUCCUGAAUCUGGUGCACAUUAAAGAUCCACAGCCAUGACUGACUCCAAGUACUUCACAACCAAUAAAAAAGGAGAAAUCUUUGAAUUAAAGGCUGAACUCAACAAUGAAAAGAAAGAAAAGAGGAAGGAGGCUGUGAAGAAAGUGAUUGCUGCUAUGACUGUGGGGAAAGAUGUUAGCUCUCUCUUUCCAGAUGUAGUGAAUUGUAUGCAGACUGACAACCUGGAACUAAAGAAGCUCGUGUAUCUCUACUUGAUGAACUAUGCCAAAAGUCAGCCAGACAUGGCCAUCAUGGCUGUCAACAGCUUUGUGAAGGACUGUGAAGAUCCCAAUCCUCUGAUUCGGGCCUUGGCAGUCAGAACCAUGGGGUGCAUCCGGGUGGACAAGAUUACAGAAUAUCUCUGUGAGCCCCUCCGCAAGUGCUUAAAGGAUGAAGAUCCCUAUGUUCGGAAAACAGCAGCAGUCUGUGUGGCAAAACUCCAUGACAUCAAUGCCCAAAUGGUGGAAGAUCAGGGAUUUCUGGACUCUCUGCGGGAUCUCAUAGCAGAUUCAAAUCCAAUGGUGGUGGCUAAUGCUGUAGCAGCAUUAUCUGAAAUCAGUGAAUCUCACCCAAACAGCAACUUACUCGAUCUGAAUCCACAGAACAUUAAUAAGCUACUGACAGCCCUGAAUGAGUGCACCGAAUGGGGCCAGAUUUUCAUCCUGGACUGCCUGUCUAAUUACAACCCUAAAGAUGACCGGGAGGCUCAGAGUAUCUGUGAGCGGGUAACUCCUCGGCUAUCUCAUGCCAACUCAGCAGUGGUGCUUUCAGCAGUAAAAGUCCUAAUGAAAUUUCUAGAGUUGUUACCCAAGGACUCUGACUACUACAAUAUGCUGCUGAAGAAGUUGGCCCCUCCGCUUGUCACUUUGCUGUCUGGGGAGCCAGAGGUGCAGUACGUCGCCUUGAGGAACAUCAACCUAAUCGUCCAGAAAAGGCCUGAAAUCUUAAAGCAGGAGAUCAAAGUUUUCUUUGUGAAGUACAAUGAUCCCAUCUAUGUGAAACUAGAGAAAUUGGACAUCAUGAUUCGUUUGGCCUCCCAAGCCAACAUUGCUCAGGUUCUGGCAGAACUGAAGGAAUAUGCCACAGAGGUGGAUGUCGACUUUGUGCGCAAAGCUGUGCGGGCCAUUGGACGGUGUGCCAUCAAGGUGGAGCAAUCUGCAGAGCGCUGUGUAAGCACAUUGCUUGAUCUCAUCCAAACCAAAGUAAAUUAUGUGGUCCAAGAGGCGAUUGUUGUCAUCAGGGAUAUCUUCCGCAAAUACCCCAACAAAUAUGAAAGUAUCAUUGCCACUUUGUGUGAGAACUUAGACUCACUGGAUGAGCCGGACGCUCGAGCAGCUAUGAUUUGGAUUGUGGGAGAAUAUGCUGAAAGAAUUGACAAUGCAGAUGAGUUACUAGAGAGCUUUCUGGAAGGUUUUCAUGAUGAAAGCACCCAGGUACAGCUCACUCUGCUUACUGCCAUAGUGAAGCUGUUUCUCAAGAAACCAUCAGAAACGCAGGAGCUGGUACAACAGGUCUUGAGUUUGGCAACACAGGAUUCUGAUAAUCCUGACCUUCGAGACCGGGGCUAUAUUUAUUGGCGCCUUCUUUCAACUGAUCCUGUCACAGCCAAGGAAGUAGUCUUGUCUGAGAAGCCACUGAUCUCUGAGGAGACAGAUCUUAUUGAGCCAACUCUGUUGGAUGAGCUCAUCUGCCACAUUGGUUCUUUGGCCUCAGUGUACCAUAAGCCGCCCAAUGCUUUUGUGGAAGGAAGUCAUGGAAUCCAUCGCAAACACUUGCCAAUACAUCAUGGGAGCACUGAUGCGGGUGACAGCCCUGUUGGCACCACCACUGCCACCAACCUGGAACAGCCUCAGGUUAUCCCCUCUCAAGGUGACCUUCUGGGGGAUCUUUUAAACCUUGACCUUGGUCCCCCAGUCAAUGUGCCACAGGUAUCCUCCAUGCAGAUGGGAGCAGUGGAUCUCUUGGGAGGAGGACUAGAUAGUCUGCUUGGCAGUGACCUUGGCGGGGGCAUUGGAGGAAGUCCGGCAGUGGGACAAUCCUUCAUCCCAUCAUCAGUGCCUGCAACCUUUGCUCCUUCACCUACUCCUGCUGUGGUCAGCAGUGGUCUGAAUGACCUAUUUGAACUCUCCACGGGGAUAGGCAUGACACCUGGUGGAUAUGUGGCUCCUAAGGCUGUCUGGCUGCCUGCAGUAAAGGCUAAGGGCCUGGAGAUUUCAGGAACAUUUACUCACCGCCAAGGGCACAUCUAUAUGGAAAUGAACUUCACCAACAAAGCUCUGCAGCACAUGACAGACUUUGCAAUUCAGUUUAACAAGAAUAGCUUUGGUGUCAUCCCCAGCACUCCUCUGGCCAUCCAUACACCACUGAUGCCAAACCAGAGCAUUGACGUCUCCCUGCCUCUCAACACCUUGGGACCAGUCAUGAAGAUGGAGCCUCUGAACAACCUGCAGGUGGCUGUGAAAAACAAUAUUGACGUCUUCUACUUCAGCUGCCUCGUCCCACUCAACGUGCUUUUUGUAGAAGAUGGCAAAAUGGAGCGCCAGGUCUUCCUUGCAACAUGGAAGGAUAUUCCCAAUGAAAAUGAACUUCAGUUUCAGAUUAAGGAAUGUCAUUUAAAUGCUGACACUGUUUCCAGCAAGUUGCAAAACAACAAUGUUUAUACUAUUGCCAAGAGGAAUGUGGAAGGGCAGGACAUGCUGUACCAAUCCCUGAAGCUCACUAAUGGCAUUUGGAUUUUGGCCGAGCUACGUAUCCAGCCAGGAAACCCCAAUUACACGCUGUCGCUGAAGUGUAGAGCUCCUGAAGUCUCCCAGUACAUCUAUCAGGUCUACGACAGCAUUUUGAAAAACUAAUAGACUGGUCCGGUGCCCUCUGGCCACCCUGUGAUUGGUGCAAGCCAAGAACUCUUAACUGGAAGAAAAUUGUAUUGCCGUGUAGAAUCUGAACCCAAACACACUGAGGCCACCCACCAAGGUAGUGACUAGUCUAGUGCUAACAUUAGGGCACAACCUGUUGGAUAGUUUUAGCUUCCUGUGAUCAUUUGUAACCACUGCUUCAAUCACUUCCCACCUCGUGCCACCUGCUGCUAUCUGUCCUUACGUGUGGGCUUCUCCAUCCUGUGCCAGUGGCUGGCAUUUUUGAGUGUAGUUUGAUAUUUUGUAAUCGAGAGCUCGUUUCAAAAGCAGAAAAAGACAAAAAAAAUUAAAGCAAGGAAAAGUGUCACUGAAA